AUGGACUCGUUUCUUAUCAGGAAGAAACGGAAACUCACUGAAGAGGUGAAGCCCACGGAGGAUGAUGAACCGACCGAGGUGAAACUGGCUAUCCUUUCAUCUCUUCAUCCAAAUUUGGAGCAAGAUGUACUGUUGGACGUGCUCUUAGCACACAAUGGCUCUGUCACGGAAUCGCUCGAGGCUCUCAAGGCGCAAAUCCCGAUCAAAAAGUCGAAUGGAGUCAACGGUGCCCAGAGUUCCCUCCGGCACUUUGGUGUUAGGUCGGAAGAUAGCAGCAACGGUCCGCAGCCAAAGAAGAAACUCAUGUCCAAGAAGGGGGCCACGCUUCACCUGUACGAUCCUGUCGACAUUGCUGAACACACGCCGUGCACCGUCAUCCACAACUUCCUUCCGCCAGAGGAAGCCAACGACCUCUUGCGAGAGCUCAUGACGGAGGCAAAGUCUUUUGAGAAGAAUGUUACCUUCAAACUAUUCGACAACGUCGUGGCUAGUCCGCACACGUCGAGCUUCUACGUCGAAAGCUACGACGAGAUUCAAACGCAGAAGACGGACUACCUCUACAACGGUGCCAAGCUGAGUGACAUUCGCCGCAUCACACCGCAGCUCAUCAAGGUCAAACCGAAAGUCGCAGAGGCUGUGAAUGAAGAGAUUCAGACGAGAAUUAAGACCCGCUACCCCGAGGGGAAGAAGCUUCGGUACCAGUCGCCUAACCCUUGGGCACCCAACAUGGCCUUUGUGAACUGCUACGAUGGGCCCCAGGAGAACGUUGGGUGGCACAGCGACCAGCUGACCUAUCUCGGACCUCGCGCCGUCAUCGGGUCGGUAUCACUGGGCGUCGCGCGGGAGUUCCGCGUGCGAAGGAUCAUCCCCAAGGACGGCGGCGGCGAGAAUGGAAAUAGCACGACGAUGACGGCCGAGGACGCCGACGCAGAGGGCCAGAUCUCGAUUCACCUCCCGCACAACUCCCUUCUCGUGAUGCACGCCGAGAUGCAAGAGGAGUGGAAGCACAGCAUCGCGCCGGCGCAGGCUAUCGACCCGCAUCCCGUCGCCGGCAACAAGCGCAUUAACAUCACCUACCGCGAUUAUAGAGUCGACAUGCACCCGCGACACACGCCAAAAUGCGACUGCGGGAUCCCAUGUGUGUUAAGGGUCGUGCAGAGGAAGAAGGAGAACCAUGGGAGGUACUUUUGGAUGUGUCACGGGGGCAACGUGCCCGGCAAGGACAGUUGCUCGUUUUUCCAGUGGGCCAAGUUUGACGACGAUGGAGCUCCUAUAUGGACCCAUACGACCCGAAAGCUCAAUUCUUGA